ACAAAACAAAACAAAUCAAAUUUCGUAAAGUGCUUCAGCCUAAUUCAAAAAGAUUUAAUUUAAAAUAAGCAUCAUGGAAAACAUCCUCGAGCCAAGCAGUUCCGACGACAACAUGCCACCGGACGCCAAGAAGGAUCUGGCGCUGUCCUCGGAGGACGAUCUGUUCGAUGGUCCAGCGCCGUCGUCGUCGAUCAAAAUUGAACCCACACAGCUCCAGGACCAUCGCUCUUCGUCGUAUUCCAUCAAGGCGGAAGAGUUCGAGGACAUAAUCUUUCCGGAAAUUGGCCGCGAGACGUCGGUACCGGCUACGCUGCCACCCAUGAGCAGCAUCAUCAAGGACCAGAAAGAGCUGGAACGGGCCAAGCGGAAAGAGGCCAAAAGCAAAAAGGUCAUGGAAGAGGAGGAACUCGAGAAGAUGCAGGUUCUGGUGUCCAACUUUACCGAGGAGCAGCUGGACCGGUACGAGAUGUAUCGACGAGCGGCAUUCCCAAAGGCGGCCGUAAAACGACUGAUGCAAACAAUCACCGGUUGUUCUGUGUCCCAGAACGUGGUCAUCGCAAUGUCCGGAAUAGCGAAGGUUUUCGUAGGCGAGGUGGUCGAGGAGGCGCUCGAUGUGAUGGAACGAACGGGUGAAACUGGCGCCAUCCAGCCCAAGUAUUUGCGGGAGGCGGUGCGGAGGGCUCGCCAACGGGGCCAGAUACCGAACGGGCGGGGCCACAAACAAUUCUUCAAGAUGAACUGAGAUAGAACGUUGUAUCUGAUGGCUGUAUAAUUGAUUGCAGGAGUAGACGCUGAUGCCACUCGAUGACGAGUUCUUUCAACUUUAUACUGCCCUUAUUUGAAUCGUGUGCAGCACUCAUGUGCUUUAGGUUAAGAUGAUUUAAUAAGAUAAUAAAUAUAAAUAUUUUAAUA